AUGGCUCCAUGCAGGGAGAUGCUGCCACUGACCCGGUUUUGGCUCCGGUGGCGGCGACCUCCGGUGGCGAGGAUCCCGGGGAGGAACCUCGGUGUCCGGAAGGUCGCCUCUGGCGUCUCUCCCCCGAGCAGCGCCUCGCCUAGAGCCCUAAAUAUCUUCGAUCGCGAUUUGAAGAGGAAACAGAAGAACUGGGCGGCCCGGCAGCCCGAGCCCCUGAAGUUUGAGUACCUGAAGGAGGAGGUUGGAAGUCGGAUUGCGGACCGUGUACAUGACAUAGCCAGAGAUUUUCCCCUUGCUUUGGAUGUCGGUUGUGGAAGAGGUUACAUAGCACAAAAUUUGAAUAAGGAAACUGUUGGAAAGUUUUUUCAAGCGGACAUAGCAGAAAAUGCUUUGAAAAAUACCUUAGAAACGGAAAUUCCUACUGUCACUGUUUUAGCUGAUGAAGAAUUCCUUCCUUUCAGAGAAAAUACAUUUAACCUGGUGGUUAGCAGUUUAAGUUUGCACUGGGUGAAUGACCUUCCUAGAGCACUUGAACAGAUUCAUUAUGUUUUAAAACCAGAUGGAGUUUUUAUUGGCGCAAUGUUUGGAGGCGACACCCUCUAUGAACUUCGAUGUUCAUUACAGUUAGCAGAAACGGAAAGGGAAGGAGGAUUUUCCCCACACAUUUCUCCUUUCACUGCUGUCAAUGACCUAGGACAUCUGCUCGGGAGAGCUGGCUUUAAUACACUGACUGUGGACACUGACGAAAUUCAAGUUAACUAUCCUGGAAUGUUUGAAUUGAUGGAAGAUUUACAAGAAAAAAAGUCAAGAAUGUUGACCUAAUUUUACAAAACAAGUUGUAUAUCAGUGAUGAAUGCAUGAAAAAUUUUGGAGACUAUCACAGUAGUUUUAAGUGUAUUUUUAGGAAUGGGUGAGAGUAACUGUGCCUGGAAUAGAAAAGCUCUCCUGCACCGAGACACGAUGCUGGCGGCUGCGGCGGUGUACCAA